AUGACGAAGGUUUCACAGCUUACUCUUAUCUUUCGCGACAAGCUACAAACUGUCCACAAAAACUCAGAUGUUGUCGAGAAAAAACCUUUAGAUCCACCGUCCAAUGACGACCGCGAUCAACUGACCAAAGAAGUUGAUUCUUGGUCAUCGUUUCAAAUGCCUGUUCACUACCCAAACUUGACAAGGGAAGAAUACGAGAUUAUGUCGGAGGAAGAACUUGAUCGGCUUCUCAAACUAUAUGGUCUGCCUACAAAUAUCGGUGACUUGUCUUACAAGAAACAAUUUGCAGUGGGUGCAUUCUUGUGGGAGAGAAGGUGA